GCAGGAGUAUGACAAGAUAUUUGAUUCUAUAAAAGAAUCCAUUAGCAAUGAAUUCGGAUUUGAAGCUAACGAUAUAAAUAGAACACUUCAAAUCAAUAAAGAAAUUAAAAAAGAUGGAAUAAAUUUUAUAGAAAAUUUUAUAAAUGAAAUUAAAAAUAAUUUAUUAGAUGGUAACGAUGGUCCAGUUGAUAGAAUAAGGGAUGAUAAUAAUGAUAACGGAAUAAGCGAUGAUGGUGGUGAUAAUUAUUUAAAUCAUUUAAAAUAA